CGUGAAGUCGUUGUGGUUGAGGAUAAGCCACGGAAACUACGCCAAUCCACGCUCGUUGAUCGUUUCAACAUGUUGUCCAUUCCAACGUUACUUGCUUUCGUGGUGCUAUGUGCGGUCGGAAUUCCUGUUACAAGGUACUUCCUAGACCCCAAAGGGCUUCGAAAGUAUCCCUCCGCCGGACUCUCUGGCAUCACAUCAUUAUGGUCGAUGUGGCACAACCGGAAGAUGAAGCGGUUCAUGGCGAUUCAUGAAGCUCAUCAACGUCUCGGUCCUAUUGUCAGAGUUGAGCCAAACCACUUGUCCUUCAGCUCUCCAGAAGCAUUCUCCGACAUUUAUUCGCACAGCGCUACCGACAUUCUCAAGGAUGUCUUCUACGAUGCUAUUGCUGGCCCCUUUCGAAGCUCAGGAAACACGAGAUCUCGCGAAGAGCACACGCGGAAGCGGCGGACGAUUGCGAGUAGCUUCUCACCCAAGGGGGUCGCCGAGUAUGAGGGGUAUGUCAUCAAAGCAGUCCAGAGUCUUCUUGAUAGGUUGGAGAAAUUGCAGGCGCAAUGCGGUGACAACGGCUUCAAUGCGACGCCAUGGAUCCACAUGUUCACAUUCGAUGCUAUUGGCGACGUCGUCUUUGGGAACUCAUUCAACUUCCUCGAGAAUGGAAACGACACGUGCACCGCAGAGACGCCCGAAGGCAAGCAGUACCAGGUUGAAGCCAUUGCAUCCUUCCUUGGAGGAGUCAAGUUUGCCAACAAUGUCGGUUACCUCGGUACGGAUCUUGCCAAAUGGUUGAAAAAGAACAUUCUGUACUGCUCGUACGGUGCGAAGAUGGGCGCCAACUUCUCAAACAUGAGCAUCUAUCGCAUCCGCCGACGCGAAGAGAUUCCCGAGGAAACGGCUCCUCACGACAUCUGGUCGCGGGUCAUGGCUGCUAACCGCAAGCCCGGUGGCUAUGUGAUGCCUUUCGGUGAGCUUAUUGCAGAGUCCAACUCCCUGCUCAAUGCAGGCAACGAUACCAUUGGCAGCGCGCUCACGAGCUUGAUGUAUCACCUGGCCCGCAACCAAGCGGCCCAGAAAAAACUCCAGGAGGAAAUAAUCUCAGCGUUCCCCCCGGGUGUUCAGGUCUGCAGCAAUGAUGCUGUAAAAGAUAUCCAAUACCUCCGCAACUGUAUCGAUGAAGCACUCCGAGAACGUCCUCCCGUCGGCAUUGGCCUGCCUCGGAUCACACCUCCCCAGGGCUGCGUGAUCGCCGGCCAGAAGAUUCCGGGCAACACCACCGUGUCGGUUCCGACUUGGUCGGUGCACCAUGACCCUGACCUGUUCCCUGACCCGUUCGAGUUCAAGCCUGAACGCUGGACUGAUGAGAAGCAAUUGCCCGCUCUGAAGAAAUUCAGUCUCCCGUUCAGCACUGGAGGCCGAGCCUGCGUAGGUCGAAAUCUCGCCUACAUGGAACUUCAGAUCGCCGUUGCGUCGAUAUUCAACCAGUUCCAUGUCGAGCUGGUAGACCCAAACGCAGAGCUGGAUACCCUCGAAUGGUUCAAUAGCAGUCCAGGAGAGCUGUGGGUCAAGGUCACGCCGCGGCUGUCCAUAGCUCUAUGA